AUGGCGAUCGAAACAAUACUGAUAAUAAACAAAUCAGGCGGAUUAAUCUACCAGCGAAAUUUCACCGACGACGAACAAAAAUUGAACAGUAACGAGUACUUAAUCCUUGCCAGUACGUUGCACGGUGUAUUUGCCAUAGCGAGCCAGCUGACUCCAAAGGCGUUACAGCUUACCCAACAAACAAGCAUUGACAAUACCAUCCCGUAUAUACCCUACGUGGGCAUGUCAAGUAACAGAAGUGAUAUAAGAAGCGGCAGUGGAAAUAACAACAAACAGCAUGGUAACAAUGAAAAAUUGGGCAGUUUCAAAGGAGAUGAUUUUUUCAAAGAACCAUUCACAAACUGGAACAAGAGCGGGUUAAGGCAGUUAUGCACAGACCAGUUCACAAUGUUCAUAUAUCAAACCUUAACUGGCCUGAAGUUUGUCGCUAUAAGCUCCAGCGUGAUGCCGCAGAGACAACCAAGCGUAACUACCAACGACAAGCCUGAUCGACCCAAGAAUUCUUCGAACUUGGCUAUCCAGAUAGCCGAUAACUUUCUAAGAAAAGUCUACUGUUUGUAUAGUGACUACGUCAUGAAAGACCCAUCAUACUCGAUGGAAAUGCCUAUCAGAUCCAAUCUUUUCGAUGAAAAGGUUAAAAAGAUGGUAGAAAACCUGCAAUAG